GCCAUGACGGAGAAGACGGUGGUCCUCUACCCCGCCCUGGGCGUGGGCCAUCUGAACCCCAUGGUGCAGCUGGCCAAGGCCUUUCUCCGCCGCGGCGUGGCCGUCACCAUCGCCGUCGUCGAUCCGCCGGGGAAGGACCCCGUGCUGGAAGCCGCAGUCGCCCGCCUCGCCGUCGCCUGCCCCUCCAUGACGGUCCGCCUCCUCCCCAUCCCGCCCGCCUGCGCCGACAAGCCCUACACCCACGGCGCCAUGCGCAUGCUGGCCGAGCUCCGCCUCGCCAGCCCCGUGCUCCGGGAGUUCCUCGCCUCGCUCCCCGCCGUCGACGCCCUCGUCUUCGACAUGUUCUGCAUCGACGCGCUCGACGUCGGCGCCGACCUCGCCAUCCCCACCUACAUGUUCUUCCCGUCCGCCGCCGCCGACCUCGCGAUCUACCUCCAGGUCCCCGGCUGCUGCCGCGCGGCGCCUUCCUCGUUCGGGGACAUGGGCGAGACGCCGCUGCACUUCUCCGGCGUGCCGCCCGUCCGCGCGCUGGACAUGCCGGACACCAUGGCAGACCGGGAGAGCGAGCUGUGCAGGACGCGGGUGCAGCAGCUCGCGCGGAUGCCGGAAGCGAGAGGCGUUCUGGUGAACAGCUUUGAGGAGCUUGAGCCGAGGGCCGUGAAGGCGCUCCGGGACGGACUCUGCGUGCCCGCCGGCCGCUCCACGCCGCAGAUAUACUGCGUCGGCCCACUGGUCGACGGCGGCGUGAGCGUGAACGGGGGAAGCGGCGAGAGGCACGCCUGCCUCGAAUGGCUGGACAUGCAGCCAAAGCAGAGCGUGGUGUUCCUCUGCUUCGGAAGCGGUGGACUUUUCUCGGCGGCGCAGUUGAGAGAGACGGCGCGCGGGCACAGGUUCCUCUGGACGGUGCGUAGCCCGCGCGAGGAGCAGAGCAAGUACACCGAGCCGGACCCGGAGGCGUUCCUCCCCGACGGGUUCUUGCAGAGAACCAGCGACAGGGGAUUGGUUCUCAAGAACUGGGCGCCGCAGGCAGAGGUGGUGCAGCACCGGGCCGUGGGAGCCUUCGUGACGCACUGCGGCUGGAACUCGGCGCUGGAGGCCAUCAUGGCCGGCGUGCCGAUGAUCUGCUGGCCGCUCUACGCGGAGCAGAGGCUCAACAAGGUGCACCUGGUGGAGGAGAUGAAGAUCGGGGUGGCCGUGGAGGGCUACGAGGAGGAGCUGGUCAAGGCCCAAGAGGUGGAAGCCAAGGUGAGGCUUGUAAUGGAGUCCGACCAAGGAAAAGAGCUGAGAGACAGGGUGGCCAUGGCGAAGGAGAUGGCUGCACACGCCGUCAAGGAAGGUGGGUCGUCCGACGUCGCAUUCUACGCGUUCCUCAAACAUUUGGAGGUGAGCAAGCUCGACAACACCAAAGCAGGCUGAGAGACAUUUGGAAGUGAUAAAACUCCGGCUACGGAGAGCUCCUCUCAAAUGGAAGACGAUCGAGACCGCCACUCCAAAAGAUGCAAAUGAUAGUGGCUUUGCCUGUUUAGCACACUUAUGUGCAGGCGUGCACCAUUCGAAUUGUGUAACUUGUAUUAACCUCUUCUUUUUUUGACGCUUGUAUUAACCUCUUCUGGAAGGCUUCUCCUGCAUCCCAGAAAAAGUUGGAGCGGCUG